AUGGCGCUCACAACAGAAUCUCUCAAGGACAUAAUCCAGGAAAGACUUCAAGCCUCUCUCGUGCAGGUCGAGGACAUGUCUGGCGGCUGUGGUCAGGCGUUUGCCGUGGUGAUUGUUUCUCCCCUUUUCGCCGGGAAAAACAAGUUGAUGAGACACCGUCUUGUCAAUAGUGCCCUCAAGGAGGAGAUAGCGGCGAUCCAUGCUUUCACGCAGAAAGGUUUCACGCCGGAGGAGUGGACGGCGCAAGGCGGGGCUCUCUGA